CUCUUCGCAAGCGUUUAAACAAGUGAAGGAGAGAUCUUGAGUGAUUAGGGUUUAUUGAUACUAUUAGAAAGCGCAGCCUUUUGCUUGGGAAGAAAGAUGGGUCACUCCAACAUAUGGAACGCUCACCCUAAGAACUAUGGCCCCGGUUCUAGGACCUGCCGUGUGUGUGGCAAUCCACAUGCAAUUAUCAGGAAGUAUGGACUCAUGUGCUGCAGGCAGUGCUUCCGCAGCAAUGCAAAGGAAAUUGGCUUCAUUAAGUACCGCUGAUCGGAACAAGUCCCCAUAGAGGAUCUCUCCAUGUGGUGCAACGGGAUUCUUUUGAUUAAUGUUAGCGUAUUUAUAGUGGAUCGUUAGACUUAUAUGUCAGUGUGUUUAGCUUUGUUUCAGUGUUCUAUUUUCAUCUACUUUUUCCUACUCAACUCUAUUUCCUCAAGUAAGUUUGGUGUUUUUGCUAGUGGGAUUGAUUAUCAAGGAUCUACACUAUGAAUUGAUGGGGAUUGAAGUUCCCAAAUGAAUACCUUAUAAUUUCGUUUGA